AUGCCUCCUACUUCGAGACGGAUGUUAUGGCUAUUUUCAAGGCCGUGGCGACCUUUGAGGGCACCAAGCCCAGUCAGACGUUACGCGCGAGCUGCUGCCCUCCCUAAAGUGCAGAAAGCGGCUGUGGUGAUUCCCCGUCAAACCAUUGUUUUGAGAGAAUACCAGGAAGAAUGUAUUCAAGCAGUGCUAUCUCAUCUGGAUCAAGGCCACAAACGCAUGGGUGUGUCUUUAGCUACCGGAAGUGGGAAGACUGUGAUCUUCACACAGCUGAUUGAUCGAGUCCAACCACAUACUGAGAUUGCCACCCAAACACUGAUCUUAGCUCAUCGGCAAGAACUGGUUGAGCAAGCAGCUCGCCAUUGUCAAAACGCUUACCCCGAUAAACGCAUUGAGAUCGAGAUGGGGAAAAUGCAUGCUAGUGGAUAUGCAGAUAUUACAGUCGCAAGUAUUCAAAGUAUUGGAUCUGGUGACCGGAUCGAAAAGUUUGAAGCUACGCGUUUCAAGUUGAUACUUGUUGAUGAGGCACAUCAUAUUGUUGCACCACAAUACUUGAGGACCUUAGCUCAUUUUGGACUUUCUGAAAAGCGGGAAAGCUCUCCUGCUCUCGUAGGCGUCUCCGCCACCCUGUCCCGUACUGAUGGAUUGAAAUUGGGCGCCGCUAUUGACCAGAUUGUCUAUCACAAAGAUUACAUUGAUAUGAUCAAAGACAAUUGGCUAUCCGGUGUCAUCUUCACUACUGUGCAGUCGACAGCUGAUAUCUCUUCCGUAAAGAAGGGUCCGAGCGGUGAUUUUCAAUCUGGAGAAUUGUCGCAGGUUGUCAAUACCGAUCAGAUUAAUGAGCUCACCGUGCGGAGUUGGUUUGCAAAGGCCAAAGAAAGGAAAUCGACAAUAGUCUUUUGUGUGGAUCUUGCUCACGUGGGAGGAUUGACCAACAAGUUCCGUGAAUAUGGAAUCGAUGCACAAUUCGUAACGGGCGAUACUCCAAAGAUCGAGCGGAGUGCAAGACUUGAUGCUUUCAGGAGUGGAGAGUUCCCAGUAUUGAUCAACUGCGGGGUCUUCACCGAAGGGACUGAUAUUCCGAACAUUGACUGCGUGUUAUUAGCAAGACCCACUAAAUCGCGCAAUUUUCUCGUUCAAAUGAUUGGUCGAGGUAUGAGAUUACAUCCCGGAAAAGAAAAUUGUCACAUAAUUGAUAUGGUUGCCACCCUCUCGACUGGCAUUGUAACGACGCCGACACUGUUCGGCCUUGAUCCUGCCGAACUCAUUGAUGAGGCGAACCCGGAUGAUAUGAAAUCGCUCAAAGAACGAAAAGCAGAGGAAGAAGAAAGAAGAAAAGAGGCCGAAGACGUGGUAUCCAAAGCCCCUCCAACAUCUGCAAGCUCUAACAUCAGGACUGUGAGCUUUACCGACUAUGAUUCUGUUUAUGACCUUAUCGAAGACACCUCUUCAGAACGACAUAUCAGAGCCAUCUCCCGUUUCGCAUGGGUAUGCGUUGGUUCGGACAAAUACGUUUUGAGUAGUUCGAAUGGAUCUAACGUAAAGAUUGAGAAAGAGUCGAAGGACUCGAUGGACACGUUCAUCGUUACCGAGACUGUACUUUUGGCUAGUCUGGGGGUUACCAAGUCGAAAUCACCAUUCGCAAGGCCGCGCCACCUUACCACUACGGAAACCAUGAUGGAUGCCAUUCACGCGGCUGAUACAUAUGCGGCCGCAAAGUUUCCUCUUCAAUUUAUAAACAGAAAUGCUUUUUGGAGAACUAAACCUGCGACAGAGGGGCAAUUAGUGUUCCUCAAUAAGCUUAGACCACAAGAUGAUCAAUUGACCUCUGCAGACCUUACGAAAGGCAAAGCUGGAGACAUGAUCACAAAGCUUAAGCAUGGUGCAAAGGGAAGAUUUUCAAGUUAUGAGGUAGAUAAAAAGCGGUUGGGUAAAUCUAAGUUGAAGUCAGAGCAGGAUACUAUUUUGGCAAAGAGGGAACAGGUUAGUGUUGGACCUCUUAUAAAGUAA